CUACACGCCGCCUCGGCUUUACUUGUAUAUAAUUUAAGUUGUCCUUAAUCGAAUUAAGACGAUCAAGAAACAAAGUAUUUUGCCCAACAGUGGCAUAUUGUUAGUGCUUGUUUUGCAACGACCGUCGUGAUUUUUAGUUGUGCUGUAAUCAAGGAGCAGAUGGAAAUGCAGAUACCGAAUGAUUGGGAAUAAAUAAAAUUGAAGAGUAAUUAUGAGUAAGGCGACGUUCUGGAUGUGUUAAUGGGACUUCGAUGAUUGGAGUAAGCAGCUGUUAUUUGUGUGGGCCUGGCGCCUCGGUUGGCGGAUAAUGUCCAGUGAGGAGAGCCGAGAGCUAGAGGAGUCAGCAGACACAUCAAGCGAUGCAGAGGAGUUGGAACCGACUGAGCCAGACAGCAAGGAACAAAGUGGAUCCAACAUCAAAAAAGAAAUUAGCCUUAAUAAUCCUAAGUCCACUCUUGAGGAGAAACUGUCUAGCAAGAUGUUCACAUAUGCAAGGGAGACAAUAUGUUUCUUCUUGGCAGUGGCCUUUACAGCUCUUGCUGCACUGCACAGCUCACCACCAAGAAUUUCAAAACCACCAAUUGCAAGGCCAUUGUUCAAUGAAAGCUCACUAGUUUUGGAUUUUUACAAGGGUCACUUAGGUGCUCUUGUUGACCGAGUAACAGAUGCAGACUUUAGUUUUGUUAUGUAUUAUGCUCCUUGGGAUGCAGAAUGUCAAGCCAUACAAGAAGAAUUUGAGAGUGUUGCUCAGUACUAUCAAUCACAGGUAUUUUUCGCUGCCAUAAACUGUUGGCACCCAGGCUCAGAAUGUAGGACUAGAUAUAGCAAAAUACAAAGCUAUCCAGUUUUGAUGCUUUAUCCUUCAAAAGAAUCUGGUGUCCAGUACAAAGGCAUUCGAAGUGCUCCCUACAUGAUACGUUUUAUUCAUAAGUUUAUGAAUCCAAUAAUCAGGGUUAAUAGCGAUGAGGAGUUGAUGAAGCUGAUAAAGUCGUACGACGCUGUAAUGAUUGGAUACUUCAAUUUUUCGGGUCUAAGGAAAACUCCAGGUUAUAGAGAAUACUACAGAGCUGCUCUCAGGACGCUCGAGAAAGAUCCUAAUGGGGAAAUAGCGUUUGUAGCUAUAACAAGUCGAGACCUCGCUUGGGACCACGAAGUAACUCAAUUCCCCUCGGCUAGUCUGCUCAUGUGGAACGAAACUUUGUUUUUUCCCGACAACAGUGAAUGGCUGGCGGAAAAUCUGUCAAACUGGAUCAACAACGUUGUGCAUCGCGUGGUCACUUGGCUGCAGCCCCCCGGUAUCAAGUCGCUGACAUUUGCACCGUACUUGUGGGAUGGACCUCUGCUCUUUCUGUUCACACCACGGAAUCCCCUGCAUUCUGAAAAUGGCAACUACAAUCUCUUGAGAGAAAUCGGACUUCAAUACUACGACUGCUCGGAAAACUCGCAGAUUCAGGAGAUAGUAUCGCGACUGCGCAAAAGUCGUCUUGAAGCCGCGCUCAAAGCCUUCGAAACGCGCGAGUGGUGCGUGAAUCUAUUAGAGGAAGGAAAGGGCCAGCAACUACCCUUAAACGGUUUCGCAGGCAGUUCGCAAAAGCACCGUUGGAGCAACGGCACGGCCAACUGCUGCUCGGACAUAGCCACCAACAAGUGCGUGAUAUGUGCUAGCACAAAGCCCGUUGACAGCCUGGACAGCAAAGUGUGCGCAGCUCCGGGAGCCGCUUGUAGAGGAUCCGAUAUCUUCGGGCUACCUUUUGCCUUCGAGGAGGGAGUCAGUCCCGUCACAGCUCAACCGGAAUUUUCCUACAUUAACGCUGCUACGGUGGAAGGUGACAUCGACGGCACUUGCCAAGUAAACAGCUGUGAUUCGUCGACACGCGACGAAGACGUGGAUGACCCUCGAUCGUCAACGUCGGUGCGCAAAGCCUUCUAUAGGGAGGAGUGCCGACAAUUUCUAGCCGGGUAUAGCUACCAGCGACCGAUCUUUCCGCGAGAGCCGGACAAUGAUAGCGACGAGGUGGAACUGACUGAGGCAAUCUGCAGGGUCAACAAGACCCUGGCUUUGGUCGCCAUCGACAGUCUGCACUACUUCCACUUUGCCGAGAGUCUCGGCAUUGAUGUUGGCAACGCCAAAGACAAGACAACCGUUGUCAUUCUCGACCCUGCUGACGAAAGUCAGUUCGUGAUGCAAGACGAAUACGGCAGAAACACACUGGUGCAGUUCAUCAACAACUACACGAACGGCUACCUCGCGAGAACAAUGCGUUCCAAUAAUCCCAGACGUCUCGCGCGCUCGUUCGUCCCCAAGAGCGAUUGCAAGGGGAACUCCAAGUCCAAGAUUUGCGUUCCCGAGCUCUCGACUGAUAACUUUUUGGAUACCGUUCUCAAUCCUCACAAGGAUGUCGUCGUUAUGUACCAUUCCCCGUACUGCGCCUUUUGUAGCGCGGUGGCUUACGUUUACUUGACGGUAGCGAAUUACCUUUCAAAAAUGGACCAUUUGGAAUUUGUGCGCAUUGACGGCGAUAACAACGAUCUGCCCUGGGAGUAUACGAUGAAUCGCUAUCCGUCCAUUUUAUUCUUUCCCGCUAAAAGAAAAGAGGACAGCACCUUGUACCCGUGGCAACUACCAGUCUCGGUGGGCAAUUUACUGAGCUUUGUGUUGGCAAAUCUGGAUGAAGAAUCGCAUGUCGAGGCGCUAAUCAACGUGUGUGCGGCCGGUGCUGGUGGCUCGUCCUCAGCCUGCUUGGCUCGUAUUCGUUGGCUUUGCCUGGAUGUUCUCGAAGAUCACUUGCGCGAAUUUAGACGACUGCGUCGAUCGCGUCUCAGCACCGUGGAUCGUGCUCGGGCCAGAAUGAUGUUGCUACUUCGACUGGAGCAUGUCCGGCAGGUGCACCUAUUGAUCGGUAGCACUGGUGAUCUUAGCAAAGAUGUAGCGAAGGUGCGGCUGUUGAGAAGCAUGUUCAAGCUGUUGUACGCGAAGCUGGAAAACUUGAGGCAUGAUAAGACCAGAUCCGAGAAUUGCGCUGCAAGAGUUGAGGAACGUACACUGACAAGUCGCAGCUCGUGAUAUCGCGGAUUUUUCUUCUCAGCGUUUACUACAAAGGAGUCGAAAAAUUUCGUUUGUUCCACGUUAGAUUUUCGUCGAUUGUGAUUGUCUAUUCUCGAACGGAGCGUAAAGCUGUUGAAGCAUGGAUAAUAUAAUUAUUUGUAACUUUGAUAAGCCAAAGGUAAAUAUUUUAAGUGAUCGUAUAGUAUGGUAUAGGAAGCGCGAAAAAGUUUCAAAGUUGUACACAGCGGAAAAACAGCGGCGAUAUUUCAUUGAUUGCAUACCAAGCGUUCUCAGCACCGAAUUAAAACUUGCGUGAUAACAUUUAGAAAGUGACGAUAUCUGUGAGGGAUAAGGUAAUUUUACUUUGAUAAGCCUAGUAUACAAUAUGUAUGUACUUUAAGUCUAGUACACACACACACACACACACACACACAUGCAUAUAUUUUGAAAGCAUAACUAUUUUUGAUAAUCCAACGUGGACCAAAGCAAGCGUUUCGACUCCGUACGUCUAGUUUUCUAAUCACCGAAGAACCACCGUUUUGAUGUUUUUAGGAAUUUCUUUCACUUUUGUGGAAAACUCAUUGAUACAUUCCACUUGCGAGCCGUCACGGGGCUCGAUAUUUUCUGAGACAUGAAUGUAAAAGCUGCUUUUACUGUAGGAGCGAAUAAAAUGUGAGUGGAAGUGCGUUUUUCGGGGUGGUGCUAUAACGGACGAACUGCGUGUUUGGCGAGAGGAAGUUGAAAAUGAGAAAGAAGAGAAUUUUCAUAGACUAAUAACCGAAUAAAAGUGGCGAAAGUGAAAAGGUUCGAUAGCAGCAAUACACGAGAGCUCUAUUUUUAUGCGUACAUUCACGCGUGAUUUUUCCUGGCUGCGUCGCAGAUCUCAGGGCUGCCAGCAUCCUAGCACCUAGGGACAAGAAGCUGCCCGCGAAAUUCUCGCGCGCAGCUUCCGAGGCGGAUUUCUCCAUUAGUCAUCGGCUUUGCCGAUUAGCCAUUCGAGGCUCGCACUCGCGCGAUCUCUUAUCGGCCUCUUUCCUCAUUCGCCUCGCACGCGGCGAACGUCGAACGGCGCGACAAACAGCGCGGCGCAGAGUCGGAGGAAGUCUUAGCUCGCAAUCGGUAUCAGCGAAGACGAGGACGAGUGCCCGCCGAGUGGACGAGCACGACGGCGAUUGCGUAUCUGCGCGCGUAUAAAGAGGCGCGUGGGAGAGCCGAGCGGGGGUAUUAGUCACUUUUUCCCACGUCUCGCGCGCGCGCGCGAGAUGACGAGAUCCGCGAGAGAGCCGGGUGUGGUUUUGACUAUUUCUGGACGCGAGCUUAUAGGAGUAUAUAAGACGCGCCGAUAGCGCUCUACAAUCUACGUACGCCCCUAAUUUUUCAACUAAUAUCUACACAGUACAUGUAUAUAAGAUAGAAUAUGCGCUCACUCCUGAUCGAUAUGUGCCAGAUUGCCGAUGAUUCUUGUUACGCAAUCACAACACACGUACGUUGCUCGAGGAUGGCCCGCGUUUUCUCUCUGCGUAUCACAUUGUUCUCGCGAGUGUAUUGUUAGUCGAGCGAUCGCGUUCGAUUCCUCUCGCUGCUUUCUUCGUAUGCAUGUCGUCGAAUGCGGAUAAACGUCCGGAGUCGGAGUGCGAGAUGAGAAGAGGGUAAAAAAGGGAAGAUCGAUCGACGCGUUAUUUUGUUAAUAAAAUAAAGCUGCAAAACAAGCAUACAA